AUGGAGUCCUCAGCCGUAUCGAUAACGUACAAGCAUAUCAUUUGCUCCGCUCCGAAGCCGGGGGUAGGACUGAUUGUCCUCAACCGUCCCCAGGCGCUCAAUGCUCUCUGUAAUGCCUUGAUUAGGGAACUCAACGACGCGCUGUCCCGCUUCGAUGAAAGCAAGAGCAUUGGUGCGAUCAUCAUAACCGGUAAUGAGAAAGCCUUCGCUGCGGGCGCGGAUAUAAAGGAGAUGGCGGAGAUGACAUUCUCGGUUGCGUAUUCGGAGAACUACACUGCCUCGUGGUCGCACCUUGCGAAUAACAUCCGGAAACCUGUCAUUGCGGCAGUCGACGGCUACGCCUUGGGUGGAGGCUGCGAGCUCGCGCUCAUGGCGGACAUCCUCUAUUGUACCACCAAUGCAACAUUUGGUCAGCCGGAGAUAAAGCUGGGGGUUGUUCCCGGUUCUGGAGGCUCACAGCGGCUGACAAGAAUCGUCGGAAAGAGCAAAGCUAUGGAACUGAUCCUAACAGGCCACAGUUUUAGUGGAAAGGAGGCAGGGAAGUGGGGUCUCGCCGCCAAAGUGGUCGACGGAGGGAGAGGAGAACUAGUCGCUGCUGCGAUAGAGACGGCGGAACAAAUCGCCAGCUACAGCCGGGUUGCGGUGCUGGCGGCCAAGGAGGUGGUCAGUAAGAGCCAGGAGUUGUCGCUCAAGGAGGGCACGGAUUAUGAACGGCGACUCUUUCAUGGACUCUUCGGAACAGCGGACCAGAAAAUUGGAAUGUCCUCCUUCUCUGCAAAGAAAAGGCCAGUUUGGUCGCAUCUAUAG